UGAGAAGUGUGCUGUUGUCAUAGUGCGGAGAGGAUUGGUAUAAAAGAAGAGCCGCGAUCGCUUUUAGUACACAGACAGUACGUGAGCUCGGCUUGAUCAUGACGGCACAGCCCACCGUUAGCGGACGGUGCAGCCUGUUGCUCCUGGCCUGGGCUCUAUUGGCCGGGCUCUGGGCUUCGGGCGGCGUCGACGCCCUAAUGCAACCCUGGUGUAGCGUGAUAGAUAGAGCCUUGGUCGGUUGGAACGUCUCGUCGAGUCCAACCCCGACGCACAAACUAUGCCACCUGGCCUGCCUGGACGCCCCCGGUUGCCAAUCGGCCAACUACUGGUACCGGAAAAAAGAGUGCGACUUGAACAGCGUGUCGCACUGGAACGUCUCCGGCCGUCAUUUGGUCGAGAAGGCUGGCUCCGUGUAUACCUUCACCCAACAGGAUGCCGGAUGCGACGUUUAUUCAGAGUCCAGUUGCCAUGGCAAUGAACCCAAGACUCAUUGUUCAGAUGAUAUACAAGACCCAGAGUGGCGGCUGGUGUUCAAAGGCGUGGCAGGAACUGGAGUCAAGCUGCAUGACAUGUGGACCACAAUGAACUGGAAGUCGAGUUAUGAGGCCAGUUGCCAUCGCCGUAAUAAUUCCCUCUACCGAGCCUGGCGCAACGGACAGCUGAAUAUCCGAAGGGUGAAGCUUUCACUGUAUGAAGGUGCGAGGAUGACAGCCGAGUUGAUUUUCGAUGGAACCGGCUCCGACAUCAAGAAUUGGUUCACACAGACCCGCCUGAUUUCAUCUCCCUGGGAUGAUCUCAAAUCGGCUGCGCUUACCGGAUCUGUGGGUAGUGGUCAGCUCUUCAGUAUCGACGGUGAUGAUAGAGAGGUGCUGGAUCGGCGUUUUUUUAUCAACAACGGCUAUGGUGGAUGUGAGGUGGAUAACGGCUGGCUGAUUGUGACCGAGUCUGCCGCGACAGGAAAAUGCCUAUGGGAGACAGACACGGCAGCACAUCCUUACUCAAUCAUACUCUACAGUGCAACCAACCAGAAGGUCGUAUGGUCUCAAGCUGGAACAGUCGGUAUUGCAGAUAGCCUUACCAUCCACAUCCAUACUGAGUGAGGGUGGAUCUACAACUAUGGCGUAUCAAGAGGGGGAAGGGCAGCUCAUAGCUCCGUUUUUCUCUCCGGUGACAACUUUUACAUUUUAAUUAACGGACAUUUAUCGCACGUAUAGAUGGUUGUGCUUGAAUGUUAUGUUCCCGGCCGGAAUUCUUCAGCCACGCAUGCGCGGAUCUGGACUUUAUUUGAGUUGGCUUACUGAAAGAGAGCAACUUUAAUAUUUCGCGCCAUUUUAGUUCAUCUAAAAAUCAUUUCACUUCUAACCUUGUGUUUCGAGACAAAUCCUUUGUAUUUAUUUGGACAUGUCGCUAUCUUUGGUAAUAUAAUAUAUAACAACAUUUUUUUGGGGGGGGGGGAGCGCCAACUCACUUAUGAUUAUAUCUUUUGAAAUUGUUCAAACAGCUAUAUAUACAAAAUGUUUACAUAUACACAUUUACAUGUACACCCACAAACAUUAGACCUUUGUGGAUAAUUUUUUUUCCAUUUUCCACGCUCACGCAAACAACUAUACUGUUGUAUUGACGAUUUGUUGAGAGUGGAGGGUUACUAUCUAUAUAGGCUGAUUAGAAGUUGAGAAGGGUAUCGUGAAAGUUUGUUAAAAUUCUUGAGGUACUGGUAGAUUAUUUUGGGUGGGGAGGGACAAUGUGAUAGGCGUCUCACUAUCACAUUUCAACUUGCCGUCAGGAUUUUUAUGCCUGAUGAAAGAUGCACUAUAGCAAAUAAGCAAUGUAUAUAUCGCAUUUUUAUAGUGUAAAAAUAAGAUACAUUUAUUCAAUCAAACAAGGUGUAAUAAUGAAUGCACAAUUACCAAAUUAUUAUAAAAUAGCCUACAAACUAUAUGUAAAUGACAGUAUCAAUUAAGCGUUUUGUGAAAUUGUUGCGUAUACUAUGCUGUUCUUUUUUGGAAAAUUUGAAUUUUGUAUCAAAUCUCACAAUGGUUUCGACCGUACCGAUGUAGCUGUGAAUGCAGCGUUUCUUUUUAACUACAUCCAUUUACGGGCGCAAGCCAGCUAUUGACAUCGUGCUUAUGCUCAGUUACGCAAAAACGUGCAUCUAAUAUUUUUCCCACGACACAACCGGCACGCAGGGACGCCCUGUACCUGUAAAUCUUAAACAGGAUAACUUAACGAACUGCACUUGGACGGUUGAAACAAAGAUCACUUUUUCUCCUUUUUUUCUUCUUCUGGCACCAGUUGACCAAAAAAAACAUGAAACGAUAUCUGCUUGAAAUAACUAACACCCGAUUUAGUCCAUUUCUUACAAUUUCGACAAAUGCAACUGUUUUACAAUACCUUUCAUCCAUAUUUUAUCUUAUUGUAUGUAAAUAUUAUGUGUGUAGCUAGACAUUGUAUUGGAUCACCAAAUAAAUUUUAAUUUAAGGUGCAAUAAAAUAGUUGAAAUAUACUAAGCAUAGACUCCAAAAACAAAUAAGAAGGCUUUUUCUAUUGGGUCGUUUGUCUGUGCUUCGUGGUGCAUACAAAAUGAGCUACCUAAAUUAAUCAUGCAAAAAGAGCCAUUAACUGCAUCAUUCCGGACUCAUCUACUCUUUGAUGAGCCUUUAAAAAAGGUAUGAACGGAAUCCUUUAAUCCAGACUUUGUUAUGUUCUUUUCCAAGCUGUUCAAGGCCUCCCUUGUUGUUUAUCAUUAAUUUUUAAUGGAAAUUAUCAUGUCAUAAACAAAACCGUGGAUGUUUUUUUAUGCAGAAAACCCACUGUAUUCGCUUGCGUAGUCGUGACGCGCGUCACUCACUCAUCAGAGGUCAAUUUCUGGCGCAACCAUUGUUCACGCGCACUGCAACGGCCCAUGAAUACCCGCGUUUUCACUUUGAAUGGUGGUUGUGAGUAAUCUGUUUCAUAAUUGGCUUGAUUCUCCUCUUUGAAGCGAAAAGAAGCCCAACAAUGGUUGUAACUGAUGUGCUAAAAGGCAGUGAACUAUUUUCAGACAGAGGCCUCCUUGUGAAAAUGUUCUAUAAAAGUAUAGGAUGUCAAAUUGAUGUCUGUGAUCGUGUAUGUUAAAAGUACGUGUAAUGCGUCACUAAGGCCAAAACAAAUCUUCGGUUUUUGGUAUGGAGCUUGCCCCAAAA